GAAGAAAGAUCAGUGCUACGGGGCCGUUGAAAUGGCCACGUGGCAAGCAGUAUUCGUCUGCUUCGCUAAACCAUUUAGAAUCAUCAGCUCAGACUCGGAGGCAGAGCCAAGCUGAGGCUGAAAGGAGAGACGCAGCAGAGGCGAAGCGACCGACCGGAAGAUUUCGCGGGAGCCGUAUCCAUGGCCGUGGCGGCAGUGAGCUACUGCAAGCCGUCGCCGUUCCUCGGCCGCUUGUCCUCUCGCCUGGCAUGUGCUUGUUUCAGGGAAAACCUCCGCCCCAGCUAUGUACGGAGAAACCUUCUCUAACAUCCAGAGUUUACGCGCUAUUUUGGCGUUCCAGGAAGCCUGCAGAGCCGCAAGAAGUUAGCCUUUCACUGGGGGAUUUCACCUUGACAACAUCAGAUGCCUUGGAUGUUUCAGCGAGGAAGUCAGAACCUAAACGGAUAUUGCUUUCGAUUGUUUCUUCUAUCUCAGAGGUUUCCUCAGAUGAAUGGGACGCAUGUGCUCUUGAUGCCACUGGCCCUGAGAGGUCUAAUCCGUUUCUUUUCCAUGGGUUCCUUUCGAGCUUAGAGGAGGCCGGUUGUGCCGUGAAGGAAACAGGAUGGAUGCCACGUCACAUCAUCGCUAAGGAUGAUUCCGAGAAUGUUUUAGGUGUUGUUCCACUUUAUCUUAAAAGUCAUUCCUAUGGUGAAUUCGUUUUUGAUCACUCUUGGGCCGAUGCUUACUACAGUUAUGGUUCAAGAUACUAUCCGAAAUUCCAAUGUUGUGUACCUUUUACCCCUGUAACUGGUCCCCGGAUCUUACUUCGAGAUUCCCUAUACAAAGAUCAAGUAUUUGACAUUAUUAUCUCCACUUUGAAGGACCUGGCAGCAAAGUCACAGGUUUCAUCUGUCCACAUUACCUUUUCAUCUGAGGAUGAGUGGUACAGCCUAAAAGAGAGAGGUUUUCUACCGAGGAUUGGCAUGCAGUACCAUUGGAGAAAUAGAAACUAUAAAAGCUUUGAUGACUUCUUGAUGGACAUGAAGCAAAGUAAAAGGAAGAAUAUUCGGCAGGAACGCAAAAAGAUUUCUGCGCAAAACCUACAAAUGAAACGUCUCCGAGGUGAUGAAAUAAAGGCUAAGCAUUGGGAUACUUUCUACACUUUCUACAGGAACACCACUGAUAACAAAUGGGGAACUCCCUACUUAACAAGAGAGUUUUUCCACAGCAUGGGAUCCAAGAUGGGAGAUAAGGUGUUGCUGGUCAUUGCUGAAGAAGGGGAUGAGCUUGUUGCUGGAGCCCUUAAUCUUAUUGGAGGAGAUACCAUAUAUGGUCGCCUCUGGGGAUGCCAUCCCAAGGCCUACUACCCAAGUUUGCAUUUCGAAGCAUGUUAUUAUCAGGCAAUAGAAGCUGCUAUUGAACUUAAUCUUAAUACUGUAGAAGCUGGAGCUCAGGGUGAGCAUAAAAUUCAGCGAGGUUAUUUGCCUGUCAAAACUUACAGCUCACACUACCUUCCCGAUGAAGGAUUCAGGAAUGCCAUAGGGGACUUUGUCAUGCGCGAAGCAACUCAGGUCGAGCUUGUAAUGAAGCUAAUCCGAGAAUCCGGGCCCUUUAAAGAAGGUACCGAAUUUGCAUGAGGUCCCGACAACUCAGAAAUCAUUCUUCACGGUGUUGUCUGUCCAAUUGCAUUUAGUAUGCUGUAAACCCUGUACAUAGCAACUAUGCCUUAUUCUAGAAAAUUAUGCUGUAAACUCUGUAAAUAGCAACUAUGCAUAUUUGAACUUAACAGGUACAAAAGUUGAUAGAGUUUAUCUGCUCGGAUCUUUUGUGAGAAAUCAACUGAGACGGGACAAGGCUGUCUUCUAUGAAUCAA